GGAAUGAAUAAUCAAGGUUGCCCGGGCAAUCGAAGUACUUUUGCAUGAUUGCUGUUCAUGAAGAACAGAAGCUGAAAGCUAGUAACAGACGACUAUGGUCUGUCAGUUGGAACUACAAUGGAUCUUAUUUAGUUUCUUGCGGAGAAGACAGAGAGAUCAAACUGUGGUCCAAGUGCUGUGAUGGUUUGUGGGGACCUACUUUUUGUCUCCCUGAAGCUCACAAGAGGUCGAUUAGAUGCGUAACUUGGUCACCAUGUGGCUCCUACAUAGCUUCUGCUAGUUUUGACGGUACAGUUGCAAUAUGGAAAAUACCAAAGGAAUUUUCAGCAUUGGAGUUUGAGGCAUUGGUGACCCUUGAAGGUCAUACUAGUGAGGUUAAAUGCGUUGCCUGGUGUCCGUCUGGUCAUCUGAUAGCUACCUGUGGUCGAGACAAAAGUGUCUGGCUGUGGGAAUUUGACGAUGAAGAGGAUGUUCAGUGCAUAAGUGUACUGCAACCACAUUCUCAGGAUGUAAAAUCAGUGGCAUGGCAUCCUGAUGGUGAGGUUUUGGUUUCCACAAGCUACGAUAAUAAAAUCAAUGUUUACCGAGAGGAGAUUGAUGAUUGGACUGUUUUUGUUCAACUGACUGGACAUAGCUCAACUGUAUGGAAAGCAGAGUUUUCUCCAUCAGGAGAUAUUCUAGCGAGUUGUAGUGAUGAUCGAUGUGUCAAACUUUGGGCAUGGGAUGGCGUUUGCAGUAAAUCAUCUUCAUGGAUAUGUAUUGGCAAUGUAACUGGAUAUCACACACGUACCAUCUUUGAUUUAAGUUGGUCACCGGAUGGACAACUUUUGGCUAGUUGUGGUGCUGACAACAGAAUAUGUAUUUACAAAAUGCCAUCUAAUGGUUUAAUUCAUACUAGUGGAAAGCCGUGUUUAUCAGAACCGCCUAUUUUAUGGAGUCAUGUUCCAAAUGCACACUUAGAAGAUGUGAACUGUGUACAAUGGCAACCUCAGGUUAAUAAUGAUAAGAACUCUAGUAAAGAUAUGGUAACCGAUUCGUAUUUCAUUCUUACAACAGCUUCUGAUGAUGGUUAUAUUAAAUUUUGGUCUGUUAGACAUACAGUAUAGUUCAUCUUUUCGUUACAUAUCAGGUGUACAGUAUUUUUAAUUGACUUACUUUCUAUUGUGUCUUUCUAUACCAUUUUCAUCAGAAAUCGUUUCACUUAUCAGAUUCUAUGGCUGAAAUUUGUUUUCUACUUGUAGAUAAAUAAACUUAGAUACUUUAA